ACCAGAGCUGGGGUCGGCGAGGAAGCAGAGAGCGCCUCACGACGUGCCUUCGAAGACAAUAACAAAUACUUUUUUUGUGGUGUUUUACAAAAAAAAAAAAGGACCACUUGUCACAAGACGCAGCGACCUGAAACCGGUUUGUUUCGAUUUCAUCAAGCUUUAUCUCUUUGACAUUUGGCUUUUGAGAAAAAAAAAAUAAUCUGAACACCUACACUUUUUUUUUUUCGCUUGGCAACUCGGGGGUGAGUUACAUAGAUCAACAAGUUCGCCCGCAGAUUUUUUUUUUUGAGUCAUUGUUUUCGGCUGUUAUGUCCUGCUAAUUGGGCGCCACUGUGGAUAUGUCCUAUUCGCCCAGAGGACAAAAGCAAGCGAAUGGCUCGACCACCCUAGAUUGUGAAAGAGGGGAAGGCGGAGAGUUGCGACCCGGGCCCGGAGCAGGUUUUCCUCCGAGCGGAGCGCCGGCUCCUCCAAACGCCCUGCCCAGCCGGUCUGAGGGCAGCCGGUCUCCUGAAGUCGAUCAUUUGCGGGGAGGGAUUACGAUGCCUCAUAGCCCCCUGUCUUUCGCGACGAGGUUCCCCGUGUUUAGACCCCUGCACAGAUCGUCCAGCGGAUAUUUUUCGUUCGACAGCGAUUCUCUGCCGAGUUCCCCACCUAUGAGCCAUAACAAGUCAACGCAGACUCCAAGCCCGUCUAGCCAAGCCAUUGCCCAUGCCCAGCAACGCAUAUCCCAAGAGCAAGAGACCUCCCAAAAUCAUGACAUGCCACAAUCCCCCCACAGGCCCUAUAGACCUCGGUCGCUAUCGAUGCCCGCCGAUAUGCGGCCGGAGGUCUGGGUUGCUCAGGAGCUGCGGCGCAUCGGCGAUGAGUUCAACAGUUUGUAUUUGGAAAGGGGUCUCAGAGGCAGAAAUGGCAGAGUGGCACAGCACCACCUCCUGCCAGUGGAGAACGACCACAACUUCCGGCUCUGGAUCCACAUUUUGCUGCGGCGUUUGUUACAGAUCUUAAUGAGGCGGAGAUGAAUUGAUGUCUUCCACACUUGAGACUAAAGAAACCCAGCAUGUGUAGCAAUUCAGAGAGGCUCUUUCUACAGACUUGAUAAAUGAUGUAGAAAAAUAUUUUUAAAUUCAUUAAGUAUUGAGUGGACCUUUUUGGACAAACUGGACAAACUCUUAGGCUGCGUCUGAACUUCACAGGGAGAGGCAUUGGAGAUUCUCCCAGUGCAGGAUCUGUUUUGGAACAAAACCAAAAGGAAUGUUGGAAUGUUUUUUUUUUUAAAUGGACCUCAGCUCAUGGUCUGGGAAGCCUAGCUACCUAAAAUUAUGACUUGAUGGGCUUUGAAAUCGAAUGCAAGGUAAAUAGUGUACAGUGUGUAUAACCUAAUGGCAGCAGUUUGCCAAGCCCUGCAGGGUUUCCACUGCUCUUUACUGCUUAACUGUUAAACAAUUGUUGGCAACAAAAACAACGCCUGAUGCCUCACUGAUCGAGUCGUUACUUACGUCUGGCAUCUUGGAAGAGAGUGGGAACACAGAUGAGUGGGGGAAAAACCACGAAUCCAGCUGGCCCUCAGGUCGAGGCUGUCGGGAGUCUUUUCCAGCACAAGGACGUUAAGCGCAGAAGAGGACUGGAAUUCCUGCUCGGGUGCGGACAGCUUGGACCAUCACUGCAUGGACAUUGCUUGUAUAUAGUGUACUUUUUCCUCUUUCAGUCUCUAUUUAUUUUCCAUUCUAUUUAAUUUUUUGUCUGCCUUUGUACUCUAAAGUUUUUUUUAAAAUUGGAAAUUAAUCAGCAAUUAGACACAUCUGGUGUUGGUAUACUUACUGCUCUCCAUUAAUAUAGUGCCUUUAAUUGGAAGCUUGUACAGGUGGAACAGCAGCCACAGAGACCACUAGAUAUACUCUCUACACUCUACAGCAUUAAUGAUUCAUUCUUGUCAUUUCGAAUAACAUGAUGUGUUUGCUGCAAAUGGGAAAAGCCAACAUUUUCCCACAAUCUUCUAAAAACCAAUGGCUUAGAUGUUGUCAGAUCUGCUUAAUUCCUCAAGACUGCAGUUUCCAGGAUGCCUUUCUUAGUGGAGUAGGGGAUGUUUAGGGGAAGGAAGACAUUCUUUAAAUCCUUGUGAUGGUGGUCUCUACACCAUCUUUGAUCUCUAAACAUAAAAUUCAUUUCGCUGCAGUUGAGACCGAUCAGCUGUUAAGAAGAUACAAGUCACAGGCUAUCUUUUCACAGAGCCAGUUGUCCAGAUGGCUAACCAUCAAGUUCCUCCUUUUACAGUACAUUCUUUUCAAACCACGGGUUGUGCGGACCACUUUACACCUCGCUCUUCAACGAGCUGCAACAUGAUAGCUCAGGUACAUCCCCCAUCUCCUUAAUUAACUCUUUCUUUCACAUCUGAUGUUUAAAUAUUACUUCAAAAAGUAAUAAGAGGUAAAUCUUUUGAAAUAUGUUUUUUUUACAAAUUUCACAGCCUAAUACUUAACCCGUUUUAACCUUAACCUAAUGCUUAACCCAUGUUUACACUAUUCACAUCCAUACAGAAGAGCUAGGCAGGAGCACUGCCUAAAUACUUGUAGACACUAUUACACACAUCUCCAUUUCUGUAUUCCAAGUGACCUUUCAGCUAACUGCAGAUGUAUUUAAAUAUGUAUAUACUGUAUGUAAUAUAUACAUAGACUUAAAUGUGUAGGAAGUCAAGAAAAUUAGUCUAAUCUAAGUCCAGUCUCUGUCCAAAUCUCAGUAUCUCCACAAUUUUAAUUUUGUUUCUUGUGUUCUUUUUCGAUCUUCACAAACAAAAACAAAACGCAAGAAUAAGCCAUCUUCAAUAAGAACAUGUCAUUAGCCAGUGAGACUAGGUAAAUGGCUGCUUUGGAUCAGUUUAUUAAUCUAACUAUGUAUUUCAAUAGUUUUUAAAAAUAUUAAUUGCAAUGGAGUGGUUUAAAAGAUCCACUGUGAUUCAUAUUGGUAAAUCCUAAAAGUGAUCCUGUUUUCUCCUCAUGAAUUUCUAGAUGUUAGUUACAAUGGUUUUGUAAUUCACCGUAUUGCAUGCUGUAUAUUUCAGGACUGUGUCAUAUCAGUACAGAAACAAGGUUCCAGCAGUUUUGAUUACUACUGUAGUGUUACACAGAGCAGGGGUGUUUUCCCCAUUUUUCUGUAGUAGUUCCUUGGUAUGUCAAAAUAGUGAUUCACCAGCUAACUACCUCUUUAAAAGCUCCUCCCCCACACUGAAUUAACCAGAUGCUACAGAAGUUCCUCCUUCUGACAUUUCAGUGCCGCUAGCGUACAGUGUACAGUCCAGACUAGUCUUUCCUUAUCGUUUGCACGAGGUGAGAUGAAGGAGAUGUUUAAGUAAAGCAUGCUCUCUCCUGGAUGCUUCACAGAUUUCUUCCAGAAAGACGGGGCUCACACCAGGCUGCUAAUCUGGAGACGCUGGAGUAGGAGGUACUUUUGGCAGACCUCUAUACCAGGAAAAACCGAAACUGUUCCAGUCACUGUCAGUUUGGGAAGAGGGGUUUUCUAGUUUGGUCUUUGUAUCAGUAUUAGAAAUCUUGCAGGUUUCACUUAUUAUCUUUUUUUUAAAAAUGUAUUAGGAUAAAAAUAAACCUCUUUGAAAUUUGCUUAUCAUAAUAUUCCUAUAACGAAAGAGGCUGGCCUGUAUUAUGAUGAAUUGGAAGAUGUUUGCAUCUUACUACUUCUAAUAAAAGAUUGGCUCAGUUUUCAGAUUUCA